GCCGGCCGAGGAUCAUGCCGCACCGCGAGUCCACCAAGGGUGUCCGCCGGCACUCGGCGCCCCACAAGUCCGCCCCCAAGGACAGCAGGCAAGAAGGAGAGGCACCCGUGAGCACGCUGCAGGCGGUGGGGCACCUCUCCGUGCUGCUCCUGUGCCUGGCAGCACUGGGCGUGUCCUGCUACGCCUUCUACCUCUACUACGUGCUGCCCGUGCUAUGGACGCCUUCGAGUGCGGCGCGCCACUACCAGGAUGCCCCGUGGCUGCCGUCCGGGGCGAGCGUCCAGGGUGCGCGCCGCGUGUGCAACUUCUCCGUGGACCUGGGCGCACCGGCGCACAUAGUGGACGACCGCUUCGUCUCGUUCAACCUGGACGCCGCGCUCUUCCGCCGAUCAUGGGACUGGCUCGAACUCGACCUCGAAAACCCUCGCCUGUUGGCGCUGUGUCGAUCGCUGGCGCCGAGUCUCCUUCGUGUGGGCGGCACCACGAGCAAUCUGCUGCUGUUCACCGAGAAGAACCGCACCGCGCCGGACCCGGUGCGCGACUGGCAGAACAACGUGCUCUACCCGGAGUACAAGGGACCCCUCGUCAUGCACGGCGAUGACUGGAUCCGUCUGAACACGUUCGUGAAUGCUGUCGGCUGGGAGCUGCUGUUCAGUCUUAACGGGCUGAACCGACGCAGCGGGGCCUGGGACUCGUCCAACGCCGUGCGUCUGCUGCGAUUCAGCGACCUGCUCAAACUGAAAGUCCACUGGCAGCUCGGAAGCGAACUGGAGGCCACCGGCCUGGUGCAUGCGGAUGAGCUGGCGCGCGACUACGGUGCUUUGCGGCACCUGCUCCUCUUCUGGCCGGCGAAGGGCAACCUCGUGGGUCCGGACAUCGGGGACACCUCACCGGACGCCCUCGCAUUCCUCGACAGUUUCAUCGAGGACGCGUACAAGAGCAUCGACGCCGUCACGUUCCACUACUACCACCACCGGCACCCAGAGGGAACUGUGGCCGACAUCCUGAACGGGACGACGCUUCGCGGCCUCUCGGCCAGCAUCCAGCAGCUGUGGUCGGUGCUGAAGCGUAACGGUCUGCGCAAGUCGUUGUGGAUCACCGAGGCCGCGUCAGCCGCCGGCGACGGACUGCUCGCCAUAUCGGACACAUACGCGUCGUCGCUCGUUUGGCUGGACACGCUGGGCACGGCCGCCAGGCAGGGCGUGUCGGUGGUGUUCCGCCAGGACCUGGUGCAGGGAAACAACCGGCUGCUGGCCGACGACGAGUUCCGGCCGCUGCCCGACUACUGGAUCAGCCUGGUGCACAAGCGGCUGGUCGGCACCCGCGUGCUCCAGUUGCGCACCCAGCCCAGGGACGAUGCGGUGCGGCUGUACGCCCACUGCCUCAGGGACGGGGCCAUCAAGGGUCACCGGGGCGCGGUGAUCGUGUUCGGCCUGAACCUGUCCAACGAGACGGCCGUGCUGACGCCCAAGGAUCCCGAGCUGCAGGCGAGUCACGUGAUGGCUUACGCGGUGGGACCCGACCCCGCCGGAAACCUGGUGGCCGAAGACGUGCUGCUCAACGGACGCCCCCUGGCGCUCAGCGAGUCCCUGCGAUUCCCGGACAUCGUGCCGGCCGUCCUCCACCCACGGCAGCCCUUGGCCAUCGGCGCGUACUCGAUGGCCUUCUUCGUGUUCGCCGACUACAAGGCGCCCGCCUGCACCGGAACCUUCUGACCGCCUUCGCGUGGUCCUGCAGGAGGAUCGUACAA